AUGUAUUACACGUAUCUGCAGGUGGCAGGUCAACCCGGCAGUGACAUGAAGCACUUCACUCGCGUGCUGCACCGGUCGACAGACGAUGCACUCAUGGAUGUCAUGCCCACGGUCCGAGUCAAGCCUCUUGAUCCCUCGUGUGACACGUGGUGCGAGUACCCCGUGGCAAGCCGCCCCUAUGCCAUCCAGCAGUGGCUGGAGUCGGGGGAUGUGAAGGGCGACUGGAUCUUCAUGAUCGAGACCGACUAUAUCUUUGUCAAGCCCGUCACCAUCCCCCCAGCAGGCAGGGCGCUAGGGUUCCCCUUUGACUACAUUGCGCCUCAAGACCCUGAACUCCGGCCCUUCAUGCGCAGGUAUUACCCGGAGCCGUAUCGGAUUGAGGAUGUUCCAAGGACCGGCAAUGCUCCAACCAUCAUGCGAUAUGAAGAGAUGAUGCGAGUGGUGCCCAUAUGGGUGAACGUCACAGAAGGCAUCGAAGGCAACGCGGAAAGCAAGGAACGGUUCGGGUGGGUGCGGGAGAUGUAUGCCUUUUCCAUCUCCGUUGCACUUGCGGGGGUGAAGAUUGACCUGCCGCCCAUGCCCCACGCCAUCAUGAGCCAGCCUCCAGCCGACAAGGUGGUGGGUGAUGCUGCACUGCUGCAUUACACGUGGGGCAGUCAGAUCAAGGACUGGAGUGGCAAUGUCAUAUGGGAGUUUGACAAGCGCAAGUUCACAGACAGAGGGCUGCCCGACCCAGUACCUGAACCGCCAGAGGGAAAGGCUUCGGAGUCUCAGAAGGUGCUGGUAUCAAAAGUCAAUGAAGCCAUUAAACAUCUGCCCAAGUACACGCUGAGGGAGAUGCGGGAGAUGGGGCGCAGCGAUGCUGAGGUUGACGCGUACGAGAGGGAGUGGCGGGCCAAGGGGUAUGCAGAGGGGAAGAAAGGAGGGGAGGAAGGAGGAGGAGGCGAGGUGAAGCAGGAGCAGCAAGGGGGUGUGGGGCAAGGAGGGGGGUUGGGGCAAGGAGGGGGGUUGGGGCAAGGAGGGGGGUUGGGGCAAGGAGGGGGGGUGGUGAGAGGAGGGGCGGUGGCACAGCAGGAGGUGGCGAAGCCGGUGGUGGUGGUUGGGGAGGUGGAGAAGGGGAGCAUUCAUGCGAUGGUGACGAGUAACGGCAAUCCGUACAUGAACUGGCAGACACUGCUCAUGUUCCACACGUACAAAAAGGUGGCAUCUGAGCCAGGCAGCAACCUGCGCUUCUUCACCCGUGUGCUGCAUCGCACCAAAGACGACGAGCUCGUGCACAUCAUGCCCACUGUGCGAGUGCGACCUCUAGAGCCCAAGUGUGACGACUGGUGCGAGUACCCAGUGGCUGAUCGCCCCUAUGCCAUCCAGCAGUGGCUGGAGUCGGGGGAUGUGAAGGGCGACUGGAUCUUCAUGAUCGAAACCGAUUACCUUUUUGUCAAGCCUGUCACCAUCCCCCCAACAGGACGCGCACUGGGCUUCCCAUUUGGCUACAUCAUCCCCACCUACCCCUCCAUCCACCACAUCAUGAUUCGCUACUAUCCCGGAGACCUCAAGGACAUUCCUCAGACGGGCAACGCACCAGUUCUUGCUCCCACUGCUGCUCUUGCACGUGUGGUGCCCAUAUGGGUUGACAUCACAGCCCGCUUUGAAAAAGACGAAGAGGCCAAGAAGGACCUUGG